GGAAGUUGACAGAAUUGAGUUACACAACCUUUCACUCACACAUGGACCAACGCGGUCGACUUGGUGCCCACUAACCGGUGACCGCACUCUCUUUCAGGGGGAGGAGGAGCAAGGAAGAGCAGGUCCCUUCCUAGCUUGACCACGCAGCCACAAACCGCGCCAUGGCGACUAAAAGCAGACUCGGUCCGCUCUCCAGGAGCGACCACCGCGACUCUUCCGAGUCCGAGCCGGAGGUGGAACACCUUUGGACGCCCGUCAGCGGGCUGGCCUACGGGCCUUACCCCUACACGCAGGUCAUCCACAGCGGACACUUCAUGGUGUCGUCACCCCACAGCGACGCAGCUCCGCGCGGGAGGAGAGGCGCAGGGUGUCCCGGGUACGACUUUGACACGGUUAACCGGACCUGGUGCCAGACGUACCGCUACGGGCCGCUCAGCGCCCGCAGCCUGAGCAUCGACCCCACGCUCACACGCUUGUUUGAGUGCAUGUCUCUGGCCUACAGUGGCAAGAUAGUUUCUCCCAAGUGGAAGUCUUUUAAGGGUCUGCGGUUGCUGUGGAGGGACAAGAUCCGUCUAAACAAUGCCAUCUGGAGAGCUUGGUUCAUCCAGUACGUGGAGAAGAGGAAGAACCCGGUGUGCGGCUUCGUCACCCCGUUGGAGGGAUCGGAGGCAGAUGCACACAGAAAGCCUGAGGCGAUUGUCUUAGAGGGCAGCUACUGGAAGCGACGGAUUGAAGUGGUCAUCAACGAGUAUCACAAGUGGAGGAUAUAUUACAAGAAGAGACUUCGGAAAGAGAAGGAUGGCAUUUUAUCAAUGCUGCAAGAGGGCCAAAUCUGCCAGGAAAAGCUGGAUAAAUGGUCCAGUCAGAUGUAUCCAGAACCGGAGGCGACCCCUGCGGACACGCACAUGUUUGACUUGGACUACCUCCUGUCCGACAUCUCCGACACCCUGUUCACAAUGACGCAAAAGCCGUGUCCCUGGGCCAGUGAGCAAAACACUUACACUACCAAUGCGGACAUGAUUCAGCCGGGCCUGACGCCUCUGCAGCCCAACCUGGACGAUUUCAUGGAUAUACCAGAUAUCUUCAUGAACCAUCGAGGCCAACCGUGUGAGCAGACACCCGGUUUUGCGGACUCGGGCUAUUUUGAGAGUUCCUUUGCCCCCGUUCCGGCCAUACACUCGGCUCCUCAUCUCCUCGGUGACACCCAGCCUUCUCAAGCCGAUUUGGCUCAGGCCUCAACAUCUAACACGGAAAGGGAGAGGACCCCACUGAGCCAGGAAUGUGAUGGAUACCACUCAUCCAGUAUGCCCUACGGACCCCACUCAUACGCCGAUCCCCUCAUUUCGCCGCAGUUCACCACCACCGCCACCACCGUGGACCACGUGGUCUCCACAGCCGUCCCUUUCUUCUACCCGCUCGCGUGCCACAAGUUUGGCUACCACACAACCACCGCCGGGGGGACCCCGACCGUCAUCACUCACACCGCCUCCACAGUGGGGAGUACGCAGCAGCAGGUCCAAGGUUUCCCUCAUCCGGGGGGCACGUACGCCCAGCCAUGCCAGUUUGUGUCCGAUCCGCUCCACGCAGCAUCCGGCAGCUGCUUCCCGGCUCCUGGACAAGUGGCGUCUCCGGACGUGAGAGGGAAGCACAAGCAAAAGAGAGGCGGAGUGAGGGCGCUUGGUCAUCCCGAGGGGCCGUCUUAUCCGUUGUCCGCUGGCACGGCGCCCACUAGCUGCCUGGCGAAGCUUCUCUCCACAGGGAAGCCAUCUGUUGGAUUUGAAACUGGUCAUGUGACAGUCAAAGGUCAGAAGUCAUCAUCUCCCAGCUCUUUGGCUCCCUCCGGAGGCGGGGCUUUAUCUCAGCUGCAGCAUGGAAGCAGCUGGCAUCCGGGGAUCCCGCUCUUGAUGCCGUUGCACAACCACAGUUCAGCCGAGGGACACAGCGGAACGCACGGGAGAACCUCCGGAGGCUCCGCCCUGCUCGCUCAUGACGCCGCACACACCAGCACGGCCCUUCUCAUUCCCAAGACCGAGAAACUGUCACCCGUUCGGCUCCAUGACACCGAGAGGAGCAGGUUCACAGUUGAUUUCCCAGCAUAUCCGGGCCAGUCAUCAACCCCCGUUCCUUUAGACAAAGCCUCUACUCCGGAUUGUGGAUAUGGAAAAAUGGACUCAAGUAAGCAAACGGAGACCAGGAGGAUCACUCACAUCUCCGCUGAGCAGAAGAGGCGUUUCAAUAUCAAACUGGGAUUUGACACUUUGCAUAACCUCGUCACGACGCUCAGCUCUCAGCCGAGCGUGAAGAUCAGCAAAGCCACCACGCUGCAGAAGACCGCAGAGUACAUCGGCAAGAUGCAGCAGGAGAGGGCUCUCCUGCACGAGGAGGCGCAGCGACUCCGAGAUGAGAUCCAACUUCUCAACUCUGCCAUCAAUUCCUGCCAGCAGCAGCUCCCGGCCACCGGCGUUCCCAUCACACGGCAGCGCUUCGACCACAUGAGGCAAAAGUUCCGUGAGUACGUCCAGGCGCAGACUCUGCAAAACUGGAAGUUCUGGAUUUUCAGCAUCAUCAUCGAGCCCCUCUUUGAGUCCUAUAAUGGGAUGGUGUCCACCGCCAGUGUGGAGCAACUGUGCCAGUCCACUCUGUCCUGGCUGGACCAACACUGUUCCCUGCCGUCCCUAAGACCCAUGGUCCUGAGUUCACUCCGUCUCCUGAGCACCUCUACGUCCAUCCUGACCGACCCAAGCCUCCUACCGGAGCAGGCCACCCUCGCUGUCACACAGGGUGACCCUGCUGGCGCCCCGGACCACCACUCCGUACAGAACCCUCCUCAAGACCAUUCCUGCAACAUGUGACUGCAGGAGAACCGUCAUUUCUCAUAAAAGUCAAAAGAAAAAGAAUGUAUGCCAAAAAGUCGUUAGAAUUACGAUACGGAACAUUUUAACGUUCCGAUGGGGAAGACCGGAGGGAAGUUUUAGUAUUACUCCGAAUUUCUAAGAAAAGUUUUCAUGUUUACUUCCUUGUGUUAGUAAGUGUUGUGUUUGGAAAAAAUACUGCGAAUAAAAACGGCAUUUUGCUUAAUUAUCGGGCUCAAAAUCAGUCCUCCAGUU